GGUUAGACAGACUUGGGCAACUUAGAGUUGCUGUUUAACCAUAAUGAACAUGGCUUGGGGAGAAGUGAUAAGUAUGCAAGUUCCUCAGAAAGGAGAUUUAUUGAUGGAUUUUUUCUUUUCACAGAAAUCAGCUUGUUAUUGACUGAUUUUUGUAUUGCUUUAUUUGCUUGUUUCCUUGCAGUGCUGGAUUUUGAGGUGGGGAUGUAUGAGAGGCUGUUGGUUUUCUGGGGCCUUGCAAGAGGUUUUGAGCUUUUGCUAGACCCCUUUAUUGGGUUAUGCUUCUCAAGCUUCCGUUCUUCAUUCAAGAAACCUCCAGUAAGGAAAGGGAUGGAAGUUGAUGAAGGGCUGCAGGGGUAAAUAUCUGUUUUUAGUUUGAAAUAGUAUUGAACUGUAGAUUGUAGGCUUUGAACAUUUGUAAGUGAUUUAGAAUUCUAGAUUUGAUGUUACUUUUGUAAGGAUUGAUGGAUUAUAUUUUUGGUAUGGUAAUUCAAGGGUUAUGAAU